AUGCUCCUUACCCAGUCCGACGAUUUCAGGAGCUACCCGCAACGGGAGCUGCACCUGUGGCUAACAGACGCCAACCGCAUAUUCCACGUUGGGCUGGUAUCCAGUGCGGGGAACGCGACCUCCAGCUCCCUGCUGUACAAGGAAGGAAAGCUGCACUGUUUAUACGAGGAGAGCGAAGGAGGUGCCUACCGGACCCUCGUUGCGGACCUGAGUAACGAGCUACAGUGGAUACGUGCCGCCUUGUUUCGGUGGGCCUACCAGGACAACCUCUUUACGAGCCCAUGCACUUCGCAUCCCACUGGCGCUGCGUCGGCGAGAGGGAACUGUACUGUUCCUGUCCCCACAGCCGGGCUGGUCGGCUUUUUGUCCGGCACCGUGGCCGACGGCCAGUGGAAGGACGAGUACCUCGGGGUGGAUGCCACGGUGAGAGGCGUCUCAAGGCGAGCGUCCAACGGGUUGACGUUCAACGGAGGUGGCGCAGGGGCGGAGUGGCCGGUGGGCAGGCAGGGGUGGCAUCAGCGGUACCACUUUGCCAACUACAACUUCACGCUUGCGGCGACGGUGUCCAUCCACGCGGUUCCGACGGGGGGCCGCGGCAUUCCUGUGAUGGGCGCGAGGCUGAGUGGCGAGAGUAAGGGGACGAUCCUCCUGGGACUGUCGUACGGAAACGAUAUGAAGUGGCACGCAGUGCACGGGGCGUUCGCGGAGGACCACCUUGCCGCGUGGGAGCUGAACAAAACACAUCACGUGGUGCUUCGAAUGCAAAACGGUGUGGGCUCUGCGUGCGUUGACGGCAAGUGUGUGUCGGGUCCACAGACGGUAUGGACUGGAAGAACGACGCCGCACGAGAUCUCGCACUUCUACUUCGGCGCGUACGAUGAUCAGCAGGCCGGCAACCAAAUCCAUGCGACGGUGACGAACGUAAUGCUCUACAACCGCCCGCUGGAUGAGACGGAGAUUGGUGCCCUGCACGCGAAUAAGGUCCUCAUCAAGGCACCGGCAGGGACGACGACGUCGAAGAGGGCGGCGCCCGUCACCCCUCCCUCCGCGGCGACUGUCACGGAGAACCCUGCUGCCUCUCCAGCGGCGCCCGUGGUCCAGUCUGCUGCUGAGUCAGAAGGAGAAGUACGGGAAGGGGCAUCGCAGGAGGGGAGCAGUGCCACUCCGACAGGUACGUCAUUGGCCUCAUCAAGUGAGAGCACGGAAGCGGCGACGACGACGAAGUUGGAGCCUGAACCUGCAACUGCGACGCAGCAACCUCAAUCGGAGGAGGGUACUACUUCCGCUCAAGGGGAAGACGCACAGGCGUCCCUGCCCACUACCCCUGAGGUAAGUGAAGCAGCGGACGCAACAACGGUGGCGUCGGCCACUCCCACAGAAAGAGCAACGGCAAAUAAUCCCACGUCAGGAGCGGAGGCGGAGAACCGCGCAGGGGCAACGGAUGCAGGUGCCGCUGUUCACGGCGGUGGGGCAAACCAGCGUGGGGAAGCUGGUGCAGGGGAAGACGUUCGUGCAAAGGCUGCGGGAGCAACGGAUGCGGCGUCCGCCCUCGCGUCCCGGAAAAACGGCAGUGAGAUUCUCUUGCAGGCGCGCAACGCUGAGGAUGGCAGUGUGCGUGGGCGCCGGGCGCUGCUGCCACUACUUCUGUUGGGCUUGUGGGUGUUUGCGACCUUGUGA